CGUGUUUGCUUGCAGUUAGUGAAGAAGGCUGGGAGGGAAGUGCAGUUGAUCUCCGGCUGCUGCCAUUAGCCUGUGUGCCUAUAGGACGAGACUAUCGUUCUUAAUAUAGCUUCUUCAAGUGUGAAACCUUUACUUCGAGCAUUGGUACCUGUCAAGAGAAACCAAGAACAAUCUCAUGACCUAAAUAAAAAUGAACCCAUAGCAAACAAGCCCAGGUGAGCAACACAAGAUUGGCAACGGGAACACACGGGAAGACAAUGGAGACGGUCGUCAUCGUGGCCAUCAGUGUCCUGGCCACAAUAUUCCUGGCCUCCUUCGUUGCUCUGGUGGUGGUCUGCAGACAGCGUUACUGCCGUCCCUCUCAUCUGCUGCAGCCGUUUGACUCUAAGCCUACAGUGGACCUGAUUGGUGCGAUGGAGACCCAGAGCGAGCCGUCCGAGCUGGAGCUGGAUGAUGUUGUGAUUACAAACCCUCACAUUGAGGCCAUCCUGGAGAAUGAAGACUGGAUCGAAGACGCAUCGGGCCUUGUGUCACACUGCAUUGCUAUAUUGAAGAUUUGCCAUACACUGACAGAAAAGCUUGUUGCUAUGACUAUGGGUUCAGGAGCUAAAGUCAAGGCUCCAGCUAGUCUCAGUGACAUCAUCAUUGUUGCAAAACGCAUCAGUCCACGGGUGGAUGAUGUGGUACGCUCAAUGUACCCUCCCCUGGACCCCAAACUUCUGGAUGCAAGGGCAACAGCACUUCUACUAUCGGUCAGUCACCUGGUUUUGGUGACCAGGAAUGCUUGUCACAUUUCCGGGGGCAUGGACUGGAUAGACCAGUCUUUGAAUGCGGCCGAGGAUCACAUGACUGUCCUUCGAGAGGCUGCCCUGGCCUCUGAGCCUGAAAGAAACCUGCCAGGAGCUGAAGCAUUUCGUCAGGAGCAGUCCUCCAUAUAGAGCUGUGCUCCUGACUGGGAGAGAAACUACUACAGCGUUACACAGUGCUGUGUUUGUUAUAUGCUCAUAAUUCACUGUCUGGUUGUGCAGUUUUGUUUUGUUUUAUUUAGAAGACAGGGGACUUGUAUUUCUUAAGGCUGCUGUGAGAUUUCAUUUUCUCUGUAGCCUGCACCAUUUUAAGUAUAUAGUAUAUAAUAUAUAUAGUAGUACCUUGGCUUGAACAAGUUAGUGUCGGGAAAGCAUGCUCUGGGUUCUUUAUUGGCAAAAAGACAAAUCUUAAACAAACCCUGCUAAACAUGCGUCCAAUGAAACUACAAUGAUCAAACAAGCCCACACAAGGAAGUAAGUAAUGAUAAAAAGUGUAUAAUAUCUGCUUUGUUAAUCGACCUGUUCUGUUCAAUAGGGAAUUGAAAGCAUGUGAAACAUUACCAGUUGAACAUUGUAUGUGAGUAUUACACAAAUCAAUUGGUCUCCACUCUAAUUAUAUAUAUAUAUAUAUACACACACACACACACACACAUACAGUGGAACAUCGCAUAUCCGACCGUCAUUUUGUAAAUGUCAUUUUCUAUAGAUGUUCGCAAAUCUGACUCUUUAACAUAUCGGCCUAUACCCCAGUCCACAGGGGGUUGGAUAUGCAAUGUUAUACUGUGUGUGUAUAUAUAUAUAUAUAUAUAAUCAGUUUGGUACUUUGAUAUUUAUGUCAUGUAAGAGAUUUGGUACUACUCUGGUUUACCUUUAAAAACAGGACAUCAGGUUGACAAAUGGGUUGGUAUCUACUAGAAAGACAUGCCCUAAACAUACAAAAAACACCCACAUGGAAUAUUUUGCAAUACCGACUUCAACCGAUCUAAACUUUCGAUCUAACCCUAAAGUCUAUUGGUCAGAAUCAAACAUUUAGUGCUAUGCUAUGUAUAAUCCAAUUGUGUAUUUUUGAUAAAGUGCUAGUACAUGGGUAACCAUGUAAGGCUUUAUAUACUAUUAUUAUGUAAAUUACUUUCUUACCAGUAUUAGCAAUUUGCAUGGUGAUACAUUAUGAAACUACUUCUAUUCAAUCCCAGUUGUUUAAAUCACGUAAAUGAAGCAUUUAUUUCUCUUUGUUACAAGAUCUGGUAUGUGGAUCAAAUCAGUAGCACUUUCGUAAGAUUUUGAUUUCUUCCUUAUUUUAAUUGUAUAACUUUGUUCAAAGGUCUAUGUGCAAAGCAUGCUCCUUUUAAUUUCUUUUGUCAUUGAUAAUGCUUUUUUUUUUUUUUUAAUUAGCACUUUUAGCGGUACUUUUUUACGUAUUAUUCUUUAACCCAAGCAUAUUUCAAAUAAUUGAACGUGUUACUGUGUUUAUAUGUGAUAGAAGACAUGUCUAUUCUGUAUUAAUGUACCAUCAAAACACUGGUCAGUCACUUUUCAUUGUUUUUAAAUAAUUGGUCUGAGGCGCCCAGAAUUAAAGUCUUCUGUCACAUGGGGGAUUAUUUCUAAUCCACUCUUAAAGUUGUGUAAACUAUAAAUGCCAAUAGAAAAGUUUAAGCGGCAGGUCAUUCGGAAUAAUUGGAGAAGAAAAUGUUUGAUUCAGUUAUAUUCUCAAUUUAGAGUUUGCAAAAAAAAAAAGAAAGAAAUCCAAUUUGAUAUUACUGUGCUACAGUUAAAUAUAAUAUUAGUUGUCCAACAAUAAUGGUUAGCUUGUUUACUAAGGAUAAUAAAGCUGUUAAAUACCAUAUCCACUUGCCAACAUUCCAAUACAUCUUAUCUUGCUGUAAAUGCACGGAAAACAAUGACCUGAUCCUACAUGACAGUUCUUAUAAAAUACAGUGUAAAACUGUUUAUAAUAUAUGUUAUUUCAGUAUGCAGGUGUAACAGGCAGUGUUGUGUGAUACAGUGCCGUUACCAGUUCUCUCCAGCCCCCUGUCGGUGAGAUGAGAUGAGGUUAAAAGGUCUUAAACCGCGGAUGCAAGCAAGCCCAGCUCUUGCACUGUGGUUUGGAUGCUCGCUUGCGGGGUGUGUGUGAUCAGCGGUUCGCACCCAGCCUCUGCCCUGUUACACGGGCUUCUCACUUGAUUUAUUACACAUGUUUACUCUUUCUCUGACUGUACAUGUAUCUGUUGCAAGAGCCUUCUAAAGAAACAUUCAAGAUGUUUACUCUUUUUGAAACAUUAACAGUUUUAUUCUCCUUUGUUAAAUUUGCACUGUAGCAAAAAAUCCCAUUAUUUGAAGGUUGCUGUGAACUUUCCCCAAAGAAUUCCACAUGCACCUAACAACCACCAAAUUACACUGAAAGAAAAAAUACUGUACUGCAGAACAUUAUUUUCAAUUACAAUCAUAUUUAUUAUUAAAAAAAUUGCUGUAAUGUUUCAGGUAUGUAUUCAAUAUAGUACUUGCGCUGUUUAUUUACAGUAAUUUGUGUAUUUUGAUGAUGUAAACAUGUACUAUUGUUACUGAAAUUCACCUUGAAUGUUAUAUUUUGUUUUGCAAUAGGUUUGAGAAGGUAAAUACAAUAGCUUAUCAGCA